AGAAAGUUGUGAAUUACGAUCCACUGUUAGCAUAUCAAAAUACUACUUUGGUAGUUACUGCUUUAAGUUGUAAUCUAAAAAAGUUUCUCUUUUUGACAAGCCAAAGUUGGCCCAAGAAUAGAAUCUGUGAAAUAAAAACAACAAAUGUGCUGAUUGCAUGCAAAAGAGAGAAGCUGUUUCAGAAGCAGGCUCCUCAACUGUUGGAGUAUCCAGUUUCUGGUGCCAGUGCUGCUCUAACAGCUGGAGGCCUGCAAAAGCAAGGAGAAAGAGCAAGACUAAGAGCAAGACAGAGCUCCAGCUGGAGCCCAGAGACUACAACACGAAGACACCUCUUUCAUCUGCGAUUGCACUGCAGCUGUGUUUCCAUCACAUUCCCACUGUACUCCCACUGUACUCUAUUGUAUCAACGUUUUUGUCGCUCAUCGGCAAAACACCUUUGAUGGUUAUUAUAUCUACUGCUGGAGAGCGUCCCGUUUCUGCGGUGCUUCUGCGCGACUUAGACACCACGCAAUUGGAAGCUCCUGCCAAGACGUGCCAUGGCAACAGGGUCUUGUCACGUUGCUGCUGGAACUAAAUUGACCAAUUGAGCAAGAGAGCGAAAUAGACUUUGAUAAGAGUAUCAGCAUUGCUUGAGGUCGUAGUUAUUGCUUUAGAGCCUCUUUCCCAGUGUUUUCUCAGCACCAGAACCUUCUGAAAUCUGAGAAACAAUCUAAUAUUCGCUAAUGAGCUGCUACAGAAAAGAGAAUACUCAAUUUAGCACUUGCUAAAUAAUACUUUCGAGCAGCUGUUGGCGAUUAAGAUUAUUCCAUUAAGCACCAAUUGU